CCAAGAAACCGAUAACGAUACAAAGCUUAUAAAAUUUUUGAAGACUACUUGGUUAUUUAUAAGGCUCUAGAUGUUACAGCGAGGCGAAAGCCUUAAGUGCUACGCCUUUUAAAAUCUAAUUAAAAAACGAUAUUGAUAUUUUGAGGUGUGAGUACCCUUUUUGGUCUGCGAGAUUCCGCAAAACACCAACAAGCUGAACGACUGACGAUUGAUUCAUCAUACGAUGGCUUAUGCGGAUCGAAAUAAGACCAAUUUACUAUUUUCAUGAUAUUACUUCUACACAGUUUGGAUCAAAUACCAUUCCACAAUGGAAUUUGUUAAAAAAAACAUCAAAAUGUAUAGUAAUUGUAAAAAGAUAUGAACUACUGAUCAAACAUCCCUAUAUUAUGUAAAAAAAUCACUCGACUAGACUUCAUCCAUUUUCCUGGGACCACUGCGGAUAGCAACAGCAAAAUCGUAUAACGACUAGCAACGGUCGUUGAACAUAAUUGUCCAUGCUAAUUCCGCCAGCCGGUGCUCGUCAUGGUAACAGUUGAACAAGCGCCAUUCUCGGUCACAAAAUGAGCGACGACAAGAAUAAAACAUUUGUGGAACUAUUCUGUGUAAAUAUUCGGAGCACUGAUCGUGGAACCCGCCAAAAUGUGCUCAACCAGUUUAUCAAAGUGAUGGAAUCUCAGUUGGCAGCAGACGUUGUCGACGCGAUCUUCAGGAAGACCUAUGCGCACAUUCUUCGAUGCUACGAUGACCGGUUCGAGAUAAUUCGGAGCCUAGCAAUUACGGUUAUGGGAGAGUUGCUAGAUAAAUUACCUGCCAAAGAUUGCUAUCUGGAUUAUAUUGUGCCUAUAAUCACCCGCCGAAUUGGUGGCGCGAAAACGCUCGAGGAUAGUGAAGAAGUUCGUCUCCAGCUAUUGGAACAGCUAGACGUUUUAAUUAAUAAAUAUGAAGACCCUGAAAACAUCCGGGGAAAUCCAUUACAUAGGGCUUACGAUAACAUAAUUGAUAUUCUCGCGAAUACAUUAACGGAUCCUUUUCCAGCGGCACAAAAGCUAAGCUGUGAUAUGGUACAUCGUCUUGCCCUGGCAACACAUAGCAUGCAUUUUCGAGUUGAAGCACUGGUAGCUCCAGCAAUAACUGUAUUGAAGCAUCGUCAUUCGGCCAACAGAGCAGCUGGCGUCGAGACACUUGGCAUUUUGGCACUCUAUAUCAGCUCAAGCUCGGAAUCGAUGACGAGAAUAUUUAUGGAAAUUUCUCCACUUCUGAUGGAUAGCGUUCCUUUUGUGAGAAGAUCCUGUGGACGAGUUGGAUGUAUGUUGCUCUUGCGGCUUAAAGAUCGUUAUUCAUUUUUCCCUCGAAUACUUCCACUGGUGUUGUGCUGUUUAGAUGACGACAAUGAAGAAGUUUGCGGAGAUAUCGAGGCACGCUGGGAGGAAGUAGGCGAGCAAUACUACCUGGAAAACGAAACUGAGCUCUCAAAGAUAAAGUUGAUCGAUAAGAUUCCUUCCAAUUAUCCUGAGGAAUAUGAACGACCCACAAUUGCUUGCCGCGCAAUUGUUCAGCGUAGUCUGGUAAUGGUGGGCACGGUUUUGAAAGAAAUGGAAGAGUGGAAAGAAGGCAUUCGGUUACAUUCACUCAAAUUGUUCAAAAUGAUACUUAUCCACGCAGAAAAAUCCCUUUCUCCGAUGUUCGUGGAAGUAUAUGCUGUACUGUGCAGAAUCUGUAAGGAUAGGGAUAAAGCUAUAGUGGCGGAAGCAAUUGAAGUUGUCAAGAUGUGUAGUGUUUUACUUGAAUACAGCACGUGGAGUAAACACGUACAGACUGAAUUCAUGAAGUCUCACAGUGAAUGGCACUUGAAAAGUCUAAUAGCAAUGUACAGCUCAGCGGAUUCCGAGAGAUUGAAGGAUCUGUCUGAAAUUUUAAAGCUACUGGCGAGUCAUGAAGUCAGCCACAAGCUGAUCGAAUCCUGCCGGUAUGAGUUGGUAAUGUUCUGCCAAGUUCUCAUUGAAGAUUACCAUUGCGUGUAUACUAGCAGCAACAACGAUGUCGAUGCUUCUGCAGCUUUGCGUGAUGAAGCGCUGCUCUACACGAUACUAGUUAAAAUUGUAGCUUUUACCUGUGAAGAUUCCACAGAGUCCAGGAACCAUGUAAUGAACGUUCUCACUCAGUUAAACCCAUCAGUCGAAAUCCUUCACGAGCGCCAUAUGAAAGGUAUUAUAGCUGCUGUGGACAAUCUCGAGAUGCUGGAUGCUGCGGAAACUAUCAUAUUGCUCGCAGGAAUCGUGUCCGGGUUUGGUUUCUGGAAAUCUUAUCAUGCACCGCUGAAGUCAGCACUCGGUGCAGCGCUCGUGCACACGAUGCCACAGGGGCGAAUCAAACUCUUCAGUGCGAUUUCCAGCGGGAUGCUACAAUGGCGCGCAACAAUGCAGAUUCCUCCCGAGGAGCAAUAUCUACUCAUGCGGGAUUUUGUCGAUGACAUCCUUACCCCAUACAUGCAUUGGGAGGCCGGUCAAACUGCAGAAUCAGUUCGUUCGAUGGCAACGACGUGUUUGUACUCCAUGACACAGGGAGCAGAACAACCGAUAUGUACGAAGUUAGUGGAAUCAUUCAUAAAAAUCAUUGAAGGAUUAUCGGAGGAUAGCAGCGUUACAACACGCUCAUACGCAUUGGGAAUUUUGUUAUCUAUGGGUCCGACGCAUUGUUCAGUCUUAAAGAAAGCUGCACAAAUAAGUAUUGCUCGGUUGGACGAUCCCAGUGUUGACAUACGUGAACUGGCGGCCAAGUGUUUGGGAUGCUUGCAACUGUCCCCAAUGAACGAGGAUGACAAUUUUCGUUGGGAGACAAUUUUACGGCAAAUGCUACCCACCAUGUUCCUACACCUGGAAAAUCCGGAGGAGAAACUGCGCGUCACUAUUCUAGCAUCCAUCGAACGAUUGGCCGUCCAUCAUCGAGCACUAAUCGGAGACAUUUCUAAUGAAGUUGCAGUAGGAACUCCGUACAAAGCAAAACUGGAUCACAUCCUUGCACGUCGCGAAUGAAAAAAUGUGCGAGCAACGGCACAGUCAACAGAAAAUCCGUCAGUCUCAUUGCAAUCAUGAAUCCAUGGCUCUAGGGCUGAUGAAUACGAUGUGCCGACAAAAAACCAUCUGGGAUAAUUGAUUUAAAUUGUGUUUCAUCCAGUGAAUCCCAAGUGCUUCUAGUGUGUGCAAAAUGUGUAGAGAUUCUUUUAUUGUUUAAUGUUGAGCGUUCCUAUCAAUUCCUUUUUUUUGUAUCUCUGUGAAUUGAUGAGCCGAGUGUACUCUCUGACUGACUGUGAAGAAAUUGAGUGCGAAGCGAUAAAAAAACCAAUGGAAUCAAUUGGGACGUAUCGCGGAUGCAGACCAGAGCAAUUGUCGAGAUUCCAUCACGCAUCCGGGAGGCUAGGGACGACAGAAUAGAAUUGCAUUUGAAGCUCGGGUGGUUUUUUCCCUCGUAAUUGCAAUUAUGAAUUUUUCUUCUUUCAUCUGCCGCGCGUGUUCGGAUCCGACCAAAUGGAAGCAACUUAUCCCGCCCCCGCAGAUGAAUCAGAAUUUCUCUUUAUGUCCUUUUUUGUCAGUGUAAUGCAUCAAUAAAUAUAAUUUAUUAUUGGCUCAUCUUCAAUUCA